AUGGCCGCCUCCUGCUGCGAGCCCCCCUGCUGCGCCCCCAGCUGCUGCCAGCCCAGCUGCUGCGCCCCGGCCCCCUGCCUGAGCCUCAUCUGCACCCCAGUGAGCUGUGAGUCCAGCCCGAGCUGCCAGCCGGCUUGCUGCUCCUCCUCCUGCCAGCCGUCCUGCUGUGAGUCUGCCUCCUCCUCCUGCUGCCAGCAGUCUGACUGCCAGUCUGCUUGCUGCUCCUCCCCCUGCCAGCCGUCCUGCUGUGAGCCUGUCUGUUGCACACCUAUCUGUUGCAAGCCUGUGUGCUGCACACCUGUCUGUUGCAAGCCUGUGUGCUGCACACCUGUCUGCUGCACCCCCAUCUGUUCCCAGGCCUCUUCCUCCUCCUGCUGCCAGCAGUCUGACUGCCAGCCGGCUUGCUGCUCCUGUUCCCCCUGCCAGCCAUCCUGCUGUGUGUCCAUAUGCUGCAAGCCCAACUGUUGCAUGCCCUCCUCCUCCUCCAUGUCCCUGCUCUGCCGCCCGGUGUGCAGACCCACCUGCUGUGUACCCGCCUCCCCCUGCUGCUCCUCCUCCUGCCAGCCCAGCUGUUGCAAGCCCUCCUCUUCCGUGUCCCUGUUAUGCAGCCCUGCCUGCCCCCGCCCAGCCUGCUGUGGGCUCUCCCUGGGCCAGAAGUCCUGCUGCUGA